AUGUGUUGGGGCCCGCGGCAGGGGGCGGGGUUGCGCCUCCUCCGCGGCUCUGGUUCCAGUGGAGCUUCACGGACGCAGAGAUGGGAAUAUCCCAGGCUGCUCUUGGCUCGCGGCAUCCGACAAGAUGGCGGCGGCGGCGGCGGCGGCGGCGGCGGCGGUGGUGACUACUUUCUGGUGCUGCUGGACCUGCAGGAUGAAAAAUUGAACUAUGGUCCUGAGGACAUUGCUCAAGACAGUUCUGAAUGUGGAAGGAAAAUUUUUAAAAAGGCAUCAUUUUCCACUGUGUAUCCUCUCGGGAAUUUUGUCACCUAUCAAUCCAGCCAUCCAUCCAAUACACAAUGUUGA